UUAUGUAUAAAAGCAUAGCAAGCAUUCCAACGUCAAUCAAUAGAGCUCUCUUAAACAAAAUUUAGCUUCCGAGAAACUUUACUUUAAAAUAUGGCCGCUACUCAAGAUUACAAACCUGGUGAUGUUCCCUUGGAGGAGCAAGAUGAUCGAAGACUUUUCUGUAAAUUUCAUUAUAAGGGUGUUCUCCUUCUGCUCAUACCUAUAUUACUGGGGCCCAUUUUAGCUGGAGAUCCACUGUUGGUUUGUCGCUUCAUAUAUAUAUCACUUUGUUUGUACUUGAUCUACAUCCUCAACUUGAUGGCCAGAGGAGCUAUAGCCUUUCUCUACAUCACAUUCAUACCCAUUGCGGGAAUAGCUGGUUCAGGCCAGGUCAGUACGUCCUACUACACGGAUCUGAUAUUCUUGGUGUUUGGCGCUAUUUUCAUGGGCGUCAUGAUGGACAGUUCGGGGCUCAGUGAACGGCUGGGGAUGUGUGUUAUCGGCAUUGUGGGUGGCAGUCUGAGAUUUCUACAGAUUUUUUUAACGCUCGGCGUGUUUCUGCUCGCCUACCUCGUGAAUCCCACGAUGGCGGCUGCAUUUUGGAUGAAGGUGUCCCAAGCUGUGAUUACGGAAUAUGAUAAUGCUGGCAUCGUGAGAAUGUACUCUGAGGAAAGGCCCUACGAGCCGGGAUCAAACCCAUAUCCGACUCGUUCAGCGAUCGGAAUCUAUAUAACUUGUUGCUACGCCGCCACACUGGCAGGCAGUCUUUCCCCCUUCGUGAAUCCCAAUGGUGUCAUCUGCGAUGGUUUCACUGAAGAUCUGAGUAUUGAGCACUUGAUGCUGCUCAUGCUGGCACCGACUCUAUUGGGGCUUUGUGUAAUGAUUUUUUGGAUACAAAUCCUCUUCCUCGGACUUUUCGGUGGCUUUGAUAGGCGUAACCAGCCUGAACUGGAGGGCAAUAGGGCGGGUUUCAGACAGACCAUGGCCGACAAGAGACAGGCGAUGGGGCCCUGGACAACCUAUCCCAUACUGGUCUUCGUCCUGAUCCUCAUUACCUUCGUACUGACGGCCACUCGACGACCGCGGGUCUACAGUGGCUGGGAUCACAUAGAGCCCGGCAUUGAGUCUGGUCUCUCGGUGCCGGCCAUUGGCAUGGCCAUCCUGUUCUUUGCCAUCCCGGCCAACUACUUCUUCUGCAGGUACUACGUCUGCCGGACGCCGCAGAAGGAGGGCACCAGCCCCUCGCUCCUCGCCUGGAAGGCGGUGAACACCAACACGCCCUGGGCCGACCUCUUCAUGCUGGGCGCCGCCUUCAGCUGCGUCUUCUGUGCCCAGAAAUGCGGCAUGAACGAAGCCAUAGCUGGGGCCAUGACCGAUCCGGAAGGCGGAACAGGACCUCUCCAAUUCGUCUGCGGCGCCCUGUAUGGCACUCUGCUGACCAGCCUGUCACCGGCCACCGCCAUCGCCAAGAUCGCACUGCCCACCAUGGCGAAAGCGGGAGGUAACUUUGCCCUGCCGUUCGCCACCGCGUUGCACAAUCAGUAUUUGCUGCCCGUUAGUGCCCCGUCGAACACCAUUGUUGCGGGUUGGGGCAACAUAAGACCUUACCAAUUCUUAAUGGCUGGAAGUGUCUUGGCGAUAUUCAUGUUCUUGACAAUUGCUGGCUUCACCGCGCUGCUCGGCAGCACCGCACUACCAAAUGGUUUUCCCUGAUUUAAUCGUUUUCAGUUCUCAAUAGCCCCCAAAAUGUCUGUUUUGAUUUCGACCGCAUUUAAUAAAAUUACCCAGUAAGCUUAA